AUGACUGUAGAAAUUUUGAGCGAGAGUGAACCAAAAUCAAAUUACGCCGAAGAAAGUGCUCCACGCUCGGCGGUGACCAGUCAAGAGGCGGGUACGGCGACGACGAAAUGGCAAGACACACUUGCAGACCUCAAAUAUGCCUUCACGACGAGAGACGGAUGGAUUGGUGACUACGACUACGUCUACCUCAUCACCCCGAACAUCUGGCCACUGAGCAAGAAAUACAAAACUUACAAGGCACCUUUCUAUGGGCUCAAUGACCGCGUUCCCAUUCUUCUGACACUGCUUCUGGGCCUCCAGCAUGCGCUCACUAUGAUCGGGUCGAUCGUUUCGCCGCCGCUUGCCAUAGCCUCCGGAGCUUUCAACUUUGAUCCCGCAAUGACCACCUACCUCGUGUCGACCGCUUUCAUCACCACUGGUAUUGCAACGGCGCUGCAGGUUACCCGGCUACACAUUAUGAAGACACCUUUCUUCAUCGGCACAGGACUAUUGAGCGUUGUCGGACCAACAUUCGACAUUCUGCCCAUUGUAUUCAACUACUCCGCUCUACGAUACAAGUCCGGAAGCUGUCCAGUGCUUGCAGAUGGAACCCAGGGACCAUGCCCUGAUGCCUGGGGUGCCUGCUUAGGCACUAUGCUUUGCUGUGUCUGGCUCCAGAUCGCAUUGGCCUUUGUUCCCCCAAAGAUCUUAAACAGGGUCUUUCCUAAGCUCAUCACUGGAUCUCUUUUAACACUUGUCGGUGUCUAUCUCAUCGGCAACGGACUACAGAACUGGGGAGGAUCAUCAAACUGCCACAACGGAAAGGGCUUCUACGCCAUGUGUCCGAACAUUGCUGCACCCAAGCCACUCGUAUGGGGCCACCCAAAGUUUAUCGGGAUGGGCUUCAGUGUGUUUGCUACCAUCAUUCUCGUUGAAGCACUGGGUGCGCCACUCAUGCGCUCUGCUUCCGUCAUCAUCGGUCUCGCCGUCGGCUGCGCCAUCUCUGGAGCGACUGGAUACUGGUCAACAGAGAAGCUCGAUCAAGCGCCCAACGGUACAUUUCUCUGGGUGCAUACGUUCAAACUCUCCGUCGAUGGCGUCUUGGCUCUUCCCAUGAUCAUCAUGUUUGCCUGCCAGGCUGUAUCGUGUAUUCCUGAUAUCUUGGCCACUGCCGAGCUAUCAAACGUGGACAUUGAAGGAACAGAGUUCAACAGUAGGAUUCAAGGUGGCAUCUUGUGUGAUGGCAUAGGCAGUUUCUUCAGCGCACUGGCUACCGGUCCCCCGAUGGUAAGCCAGGCUGGUAACAACGGUGUCAUUGUUCUUACGGGUUGCGCGUCUCGUCGCGCCGGCUGGGCAGCAAGUGGCUUUCUAGUCUUGAUGGGCAUUAUUGCAAAGUUUGGAGCCGUGUUUGCUUCCAUGCCACCUUCUGUCCUAGGAGGCAUGCAAGUGUUCCUCUACAGUACCAUCGCUGUAGCCGGAGUCCGCGUCCUCGCACUCAUACCUUGGACACGCCGCGACCGUUUCAUCCUUACGGUCGCGCUCGGUGUCGGCUUCAUGGAUAUCUGCCAGCCGGACUGGUUUGCACAAGUGCUGGCGUACAAUGGUCCCAAUCAGAACCUGGUCGGGUUUGAACAGGGCAUCAAUCUCGCUGUCGGUACCCCAUUUGUCUUUGCGGCUAUUGUAGGUGUCUUCCUCAAUGCUGUGCUGCCAAAGGAUAGAAAUGCCAUGUCCACUAUAGGCUACGGAGAUGAGAGAAAGCAUCCCAGGAUAGGCGAGCGUGAAGAUUGA